AGCCGGACCCCGGGCGCCCAAUGCUCGAAACCCGCAGAUUGGGGAGGCGGGGGAGGGGGGAGGGGAGCGGGCGGUCCAGCCCGGAGCCAUGUCCGGGGCGGGGCCAGGUGAGCGGCCGCGGGCCUGAGCCCAGGUGCGGCGCGGGCGGCUGCGCAGCAGGGCGUCAGAAGGAGCCCCUGUCCGGGUCCCCAAGAGGUGGCAUCGUGACAGUGUGCCCGCCCCCUUGCCCACCGCAGAGCAUGGCCCGGCUGGACUUGGAGGAGCUGGCCGAGAUAGAGCUGCAGAGAGAUGAGGAGGAGGCAGCCGCGCUGGGCGCAGUGCGAAGACCCUCAGCGGUGGCAACGGCCGACCAGGACCCUGCCCUGAGCUUGAGUCACCCCUUCUACGACGUGGCCAGACACGGCAUCCUGCAGGUGGGAGGGGAGGACCACCUUGGGAGACGCAUCGUCACCUUCAGCUGCUGCCGGAUGCCCCCCUCGCACGAGCUCAACCACAGGCGUCUGCUGGAGUACCUGAGGCACACGCUGGACCAGCACGUGCAGAGCGACUACACCGUCGUCUACUUCCACUUCGGGCUCAGCAGCCAGAACAAGCCGUCGCUGCGCUGGCUGCAGGGCGCCUACCGGGAGUUCGACAGGAAGUACAAGAAGAGCCUGAAGGCCCUCUACGUGGUGCACCCCACCAGCUUCAUCAAAGUCCUGUGGACCGUCUUCAAGCCCCUCAUCAGUCACAAGUUUGGGAAAAAAGUCACCUACUUCAACUACCUGAGCGAGCUCCGUGAGCACCUCAGAUGCGACCAGCUGGCCAUCCCCCCAGAAGUCGUGCGGUACGACGAGAAGCUGCGGAACCUGCACAGGGGCCGGCCGCCCGCUCCCGCCAAGACGCCGCCACCCCGGCCUCCGCUGCCCACCCAGCAGUUUGGCGUCAGCCUGCAGUACCUCAGAGACAAAAACCAAGGCGAGCUCAUCCCCCCGGUGCUGCGGCUCACAGUGACGUACCUGCGGGAGAAAGGGCUCCGCACCGAGGGCCUGUUCCGGAGGUCGGCCAGCGUCCAGACCGUCCGCGAGGUCCAGCGGCUCUACAACCAAGGGAAGCCCGUGAACUUCGAGGACUACGGGGACGUGCACGUGGCCGCCGCCGUCCUGAAGACCUUCCUGCGGGAGCUGCCCCAGCCGCUGCUGACCGCCACGGCCUACGAGCAGGUCCUCGGGAUCACCGGUGUGGAGAGCAGCCUGCGCGUGACCCGCUGCCGCCAGAUCCUGGGGGGCCUGCCGGACCACAACUACGCGGUCCUCAGCUACCUCAUGGGCUUCCUGCACGAGGUGUCCCGGGAGAGCAUUUUUAACAAGAUGACCAGCUCCAACCUGGCCUGCGUCUUCGGGCUGAAUUUGAUCUGGCCGUCCCAGGGGGCGUCCUCCCUGGGCGCCCUGGUGCCCCUGAACCUGUUCACCGAGCUGCUGAUCGAGUACUACGGGAAGAUCUUCAGCACCCAGGACGCCCGCGGGGAGCCGGGUGCCGGCCCGGCCGGGGCAGGGGAGCAGGGCGACCCCUUCGCCGGAGGCCUCGCCACGCCCACCAGGCCUCCGGCCCCUGGCAGCCGCCCGGAGAUGCCGCUGGUGCUGGAAGUGUCCCGCUGACCUCUGCCCAUCUGUGCACGCAUGUGUUUUGUAAACUCGCCAUUAAAUGACCUCCCGUGGCAAGGCCUGGUCCUGGUCCCUCAGCCCUGGCCCACAUCCCUCAGCUGUGGGCAGAGACGUGGUGACAGGUCUGUCAGAACCAUAACUCCCGUGGCCUGUCUGAAGAUGGGCAUUUGUUGGGCGAGGCCUUGUAUCUGGCAGCUGCUGCUGCUGCAAUGCCGCGUAACAAAGCCGCCACCUGAAACCAGCUGUGGGGCCUCUGUCGGUGGGUCAGCUGAGCAGUGCUGGUCUGGUGGGGGCUUUAGCGGCUGCACGGGGCGUUCCACAGGAGGCAGACGGGCAAGCACCUCCUUGCUCUGGCUGCUGUCACACGUGCUCGCACA